AUGCCUCCGUGGUUUGGGCCCUACUGUGUGCCAGGUCUGAAGGUUCUCCAUGCUGACUUCCUGAGAAAGGAUGCCAUUCCUCACCACACGUUGCAGUUCCAGAUGUGCAAACUCUGCUCUGUCAGAACGGUCUCCAUUCUCUUCAGCCAAGACGAGAUAAGUACCUACUAUGUUCUGGGCCGAGGGCCCCCUGCUCAGCAUGGACGACAGGACGUCACGGUCCCCAACAUCAGGCUGAAUCUUGGUGUUUCCAACAACAUCGUGAUGGAGCUGGACCCGAGAUCAUCAGACAGACGUCCCUGGCAGGCAGCCAUUCACAAUGAGUCCGGUGUGGAGGUGAGGGCCCCCAGGCUGUUGCGUCAAGGUGGUGGUCGGCAGCCCCCGCAGGCUGUUGUAGGCAAGUACCACCUGCCAGUGAAAAGUGGAAACAAGCAUAUCUUCAAGUCUGAAGAAAAUAUGUUGUACAGGUUUCUUUUCAACCCAUGGUGUAAGCAGCUGAGAGCAUUGGGCAUCCCAGCACGCAGCAUGACCGCCUACGAUUCAGCCCAUGACACUGAAAAUAGCCUCAUGGUAGACACCUACCUGAAUGAGCCAGGGUCCCCUGAGGAGAGGGAGGUCAUGGACCAUGCCUUAUCCCUCCGCAGUUAUGAGAGCGAGUACAGACUACCCCAAAAAGAGGACCUUCUUUAGAUGUAUGUCCACGCAGAUCCUGUGCUGCUGGGAAACCCUAUCAAGUUCACCAUCACUCUCAAAAGAAAGACAGCUACCAAAGACUGUCACAUCUCGGGCUCCCUUGAACUGCAGACAUACAUGGGCAAAAACGCCACCAGCCUGGGCAUCCUUCAUAAGACCACGCAGAGGCAAGGUCAAGCAUCUGAAGAGACUCUGCCCUUGGACUCCAAUACCUACAUGGGCAGCCUGUUUGAUGAUGAACCAAUCAUCAAAAGUUUCAUAAUUGCAGGAAUUCUAGAGUCCAAGGAAACGACCGCCUCUCAGGAGUUUGCAUCUUUCCAGUACCCUGAGCUCCCCGUAGAGCUGCCUGACGCAGGCAGAAGUGGCCAGCCACUUAUCGGUACUUACAUAUUCUAAAAUGCCCUGCACAUCCCUUUGACAGACACCAAGUCCUCUGUGGAAAGCCUGGGCGUCUCCCCGCUGCAGACCAUUGACCAAGGGACAGUGAAGCCAGGUGAGACCAUUAGAUUCCAAAUAAAAGGCAUCCCAACAAUAGCUGGACUUGAGAAAUUUAUCAAGUUUAGUUCCAAUCAGGUGAAAGAGCUUCAUGCUGAGAAGACUGUUCUCAUCACAACUAGCCUUUGCCUGAUGCCUUGGAAAGAGGCAGCAUUGGGAGUGAUCGGAGAGCAGCCCUCUCCCUCAUACCAGGCAGGCCCAUCCCAGGCCCUUGCCCUGCUGAGCACUCCCAGCUCAUGCGCGUCCACCCCCAUCUCCAACCUGGUCCAACGUGGGGAGAGGGAGGAGGGGUCAGAGGAUGGCAAGGCCAAGGGGGUGGUGUGA